AUGUCAGUUUUAGAAUGCCCUGCUGCGGCCGCUCCUCACGUGACUGGCGUGAGGACCAACAUGGCGGACGCUGAAGCUGCUGUCAAAUCUCUGAGCGGUUUGUUGAACGGAAUCACGAAACAAGUUUAUUACAACAAUCCUGAUAUCACAGAGGAGCUGCUGAAGAAUGAGCUGUACCCGGAAGUGUCGCAGGAUGAGUUCAGCGCCCUGCUCGAGAAGAUGAGAGGCCUGCUCAAGUCCAUAGCCUCGGCGGACAUGGACCAGGCCCAGUUGGAGGCCUUCCUCACGGCUCAGACCAAACGGCGUCAGGGCGGCUCUGGCCUGAGCUCAGAGCAGGCCGCGGUGCUCUCUCGCUUCUGGAAAAGCCACCGUUCCAAAGUGCGGGAGGCGCUGCUGAACCAGAGCCGCUGGGAGCCGGCGCUGAGGGGCCUGAGCUGGAGGGUGGACGUCCAGGCGGCGCACGGACGCGGGGACACGGCGCCCAGCGGAGCCGUGGCGUUGGUAGAGUUGGAGCUGGGACGAAGCGGAGAGAGCUCAGAGUUUGUGUGUUUGGAGAUGGACGAGACCAAAGUGAACCUCGUCUUGAAGAAAAUGGCCGACAUUCAGCAAAGCAUCGACCGCAUCGUUCACCGCUCGCCGCAGAAGUCUGAGGAGGCCUGA